AUGAGUGUUGAUGUCAACAAUGCAACCACCAGCAAAACCAAUUCAAUAAAACGAGGGUAUACUCAGGAUAGACCACGACCUAGGUCUCGACCCGUAUCCGCAAUCAUAUCCACUACACAUACAAAUGUCAUCAGUCAAGGUCAUUUGACAAUUGCUAAUGCAAAGGCCACACCCACCACCUCUACAACAGCGUCCAAUUCAACGUCUACAUCUACCACUACGUCCACCUCUGGCUCUGGUUCUGGUUCUGGCUCAAUCUCUGCUUCAAACACAACCCCAAACCCGACGCCGGCCCCAACCACAGGGUCAGCAACUGCUUUGUUACCUGAUUUCGCAAGAACGUAUUCAUCAGCUUCACUUUCACAUUUGCACACAAGGGAGAAUAAUGAUGAUUAUUUCUUAAACGCAAUAAACGGCGGUACGGGAUUCCAAGCAGCUAUUCCUCCACUACUCCUGCGACAAUAUCAUUCAUCCAAGGACAGAAAAGAUAAUCGAACACGACUGUCCAGUGAUUUGAGAGAAGCAGAUGGUAAGCAACAAGUUGAGUUGCAGGAUCAACAAGAAAUUGAAUUUAUUUUCACCAUGUAUAGACCCACUACACUUCGUACAAAGGCGUUAAAACUGAGCACACUUGCGGAAAAGCUCGAUUACGUCAAGCCCUAUUUGCCGCAUAUUUCACAGGACCAGGAAUUGAAUGUGCAGAUACAUUUAUUUUUGUCAACAAUUAUGGUAAAAUAUGUAAACCUGUGGUACUUGACCAAAUUGACUACCCCUGACAAUACCAAAUUUGUGAGAAUUCUAUAUGACGAGAUUAUAGUUGUACUUGCAGCGGAUAUUGUAAGUAGAUGCGAGAAACUAGAUGCUGUAAAAGUUUGUAACGAUUUGGGGUUUAUAUUGAAUCAGCACCUUGAAGAGUUUAUGUACAGUGGAUAUGGUGGUGGUGAAACUGGUGACAGCAAGAGUCGAAACGGAAAUGAGAGAGAUGGUUCAACAAAUAAGGUGAUUGAGGAUUACCGCAAACAAGCAAAAUGUCAGAAUAGUGCAUUUUACGAUAGUUCCAAGAGCGGUACUCAGAUUCUUGAUGAAUACUUGGCUCGACAACAUAUUGCAUUUGAUCCGAAUUUUGACAACGACCAAGAAUCUAUAGUUAGUGAUAAUAAUAAUGCAACAAAGACUCCACCUCAUUUGAUCUAUUUCCGGGAAAUGAUGCGAGAGAUAUUAGAAACAGUAUUCAACAAACAAGAACUUUCUUAUAAGAAAUCCAACGCUGUUUUUUCCUCCAAAAUUGGUAGUGACUUGUUGGUGCUCAUUUUGGCGGACUUGGUGUUGAAUAAAGCGUUUGAGAGAUUAUCAUCACCCACAUUUAUUUUGCAUAAUAUCAACAAAGUGGUAAACUCAUUGCUUCGUGUAGUGGCAAAGCCACAGAAAAAGAAACACAUUCCAAUGCCCUUAGGACGAAGAAUUCGUCGUAAUCUUGGUAGACUAUAUCAAGUGCUAAUCACGAUAGCUGAUUACUCACUCUUGGAAUGCGAAACACCCAGUAUCAAUGUUUUUGAUUGCUUUAUUUUCCAACUUUUGGCAAAUAUGGUGGCUUUGUACCAGGUGAGACCCUUACUAUACUACCUAUUUGCAUCUGCACAAUUGGUUAUCAAAAGCCUAAAUCCAGUAAACAAUUGGAUUAAUCACAUCUUUCUGAUUUGGGUGCUUGAAAUAAUGAAAGAUCUAUAUAUUUCACGUAAGCUUGCUUAUUCGAUUAACCUUCUUCGCCUUUCACUAUUCUAUGAAAAUGGAGAAAGGGACUCAGAUGAUGAAGAAGAAGGAGGAGGAGGAGGAGGAGAGGAGGCCGAUAGAGGAAAAGAGAAAGGAUGUAAUGGCGAGGAGAGGGAUAUGUUGAAAUUACUGGAAUUACUGGAGUCACAAAGAAAGACUGAUGGUACGGAUAUUGUUACUGAGAACAUUUUUACCUUGAUUCAGCAUUUACCAUUGUUGCAAAGUAAACCUAGGGAUACCGAGAAACACCGAAAAGAAAAGCAGCAACAGCAGCGGAAUACCAUCAAGCAGGUCUUGACGGUUUUUGCAGAGAAUAUGGACAUUGAUCCUAACCACAAGGUGAACAAAUUCUUUGUACUCAAGAUUAUUGAUUACAUAGUGCACAAUUUGUAUAAUGAAAUUUAA